AUGUCCAUGUUAAUAAAUGUAUUCAACAGUUUUAAGUUUAGGGUUAAACGUGCAUCUUAUAAGAACAUAUGUCUUGUUAUCAGGAACAUAAGAACAUCAUCAAUUCUAAAUGAAAUUAAAACUGUUGUUGUGCCUGCUAUGGCAGAAUCAGUUACCGAAGGCGAUGCAAGAAUUCAAAAGAAGGUUGGUGAUCACGUGGCUAUGGAUGAAGUAGUAGUAGAAAUAGAAACGGAUAAAACAUCGGUUACUGUACCUGCGCCAGGGCAUGGUAUUAUUACUGAAAUUUUGGUUAAAGAUGGGGAUACAGUAAAACCUAAUCAAGCAAUUUUUAAGAUUGAUAUUACGGGUGUAUCUCCAGCGGGAAAGCCAGCUGGUAAACCAGUGGCACCCCCACCAACAAAACCUUUAGUUUCUGCAGAUCCUUUAUCUGCAGGUUCUACACCAGCAGCUCCAGUUCCAAGCAGCAAACCUGUAAUUAUGGCCACAUCUCCUCCUUUACCAUUAAAAAUUUCUAUAGGUUCCAGAAUGGAGUCCAGAAUUAAAAUGAAUAGAAUGAGGCAAAAAAUUGCUAAUAGAUUAAAAGAAGCCCAAAACACUUGCGCAAUGCUCACUACUUUUAACGAAAUUGAUAUGUCUAGCAUUAUAAAAUUUCGAAAAGAAAACCUAGAAGCUUUUCAAAAAAAGUAUAAAAUAAAGUUAGGAUUUAUGUCAGCUUUUAUGAAAGCAUCCGCGUAUGCCUUACAAGAAAUUCCUGUAGUAAAUGCUACGAUAGAUGGUCUAGAAAUUGUAAACAGAGAUUUUGUAGAUAUAUCUGUAGCUGUAGCAACACAUAAAGGUCUUGUGGUACCAGUGAUAAAAAGUGUAGAAAAAAUGAAUUUUGCAGAAAUUGAAACAAGCUUAGCAAAUAUGAGUGACAAAGCAAAAAAGGGUCUACUAGCCGUUGAGGACAUGGAUGGUGGUACUUUUACCGUUAGCAAUGGUGGCGUGUUUGGUUCUCUGAUGGGAACUCCUAUUAUAAAUCCACCUCAGUCGGCAAUACUGGGAAUGCAUGGAACUUUUGAAAGACCCAUUGCUAUUAAAGGAAAAGUGGAAGUUAGACCAAUGAUGUACGUUGCUUUAACCUAUGACCAUAGACUUAUAGAUGGACGUGAAGCUGUCAUGUUUUUAAGGAAAAUUAAGGAUGGUGUUGAAAAUCCCACCAUAAUAUUAGCAGGAUUAUAA